CAGAGAGCUUCCCACACCCCUCAUCAGCCACACCACUUCUACAUGAAAGGGCAUUAUAGCCUAAUGUUUAUGGACAUCUCAUCGUCUCGAUCUCAUCGUAAGUCUCACUCAUCUAGCCCACCUCAUACAGAGUAGCCCCCCACCUCCUUGAACGCCUCGCAUCAAAAUCUCAUCUCCAGCCCAACCAUGGUCGCCUCCUCCUCCUCCUCCUCCUCCUCCUCCUCCUCCUCCUCCACAAUCAAAGUCUCCCUCCCUCAUCUCGCCCAAGUCAUCGACCACUCCCUCCUCCACCCAACCCUCUCCGACGCCGAGCUCCGUGCCGGCCUCACCCUCUGUCGUGACGCCUCCGUGGCCUCGGCCUGCAUCAAGCCGUACGCCGUGCCCCUCGCCCGUUCCAUCCUCGCCGGGUCUCCAGUCCGCAUCUGCUCCGUCGUCGGUUUCCCGCACGGCUCGUCCUCCGCCUCGCUCAAGAUUACCGAGGCCGCCGAGGCCAUCGCCUCGGGGGCCUCCGAGAUCGACAUGGUCAUCAACAUCGGCAAGGCCCUCAGCGGCGAGUGGAACUAUGUCGAGCAUGAGAUCGAGGCCGUCAACCGCCUGGUCACUGCAAAGGGGGCCAUCCUCAAGGUCAUCUUCGAAAACGACUUUCUGCAGGAUGAGCACAUCAUUAAGCUCUGCCAGAUAUGCACUGACCAAGGCGUGGCGUUUAUCAAGACAAGCACGGGUUAUGGCUUCGUCAAGCAACCAAACGGCUUUUAUAGCUAUCAGGGUGCUACGCCACACCAUCUCAAGCUAAUGAGGAAACAUGCUGGCCCAAAGGUACAGAUCAAGGCCGCAGGGGGCGUUAGGACCCUGGACGAGCUGCUUUAUGUACUAUCACUUGGAGUGACGCGAGUUGGCGCCAGUGCCACUGAGGCUAUCCUAGAGGAGGCCAAAGCAAGAGGCAUUGGCGAGACUGAAGUCGAAGUUGAAGUAAAAGCACCCCUGGGAUUGCAGGAGGGAGCUUAUUGACGAUACCACUAGUAGUUUUAGCGAGCGAUGCAUGAAACGGUAUAUAAUACAGAAAUGUAAUUAUCUAUUAAAAAAAAGUUAUCAGACGUAACUUCGCAAUGAUGUGCAUGCAUGGCUUCAUUAUCUGCUCUACCUUUUACUUCUUUCUUUUGUCCAGUCCUGACCAGCACGAGGAAAACUCCAAGGGUACCCAAGAACUGAAAUAAAAGGUAGUAUGAGGAAAUGAAAAAGGGGAGAGAUAAAAAAGGCAGAAAAAAGUAAAAAGCAUAGCCUAGCCGCCAGAAAAAAUGAUAAUCUCAAGCCGCUAGCCCU